AAUGAAAUUUAGUGGGUGUCGCGGGAAGUGCUAAAUAUUUGUCUACAUUUGUACAAGCGUGCGUGGCGCAUGCAUAAGAGUUAAAAGAGUGUACAGAAGACAGUGGUGGCCUGAAUGCCUUUUUUCGUGGUGUACCGUUACAAGGUACAAUAACUUAUAGCACACGAGGAGCUAUAUCGAAGCAGUCGAUUCUCGCUAUUACUCGUGUCUAUGCGUCCGUCAAUCUUCACCGGAGACGGAACGGAAACGAAGUUGCCCGUUCGAAUGGUCACGAGAAAAGGGGAAUAAAUAAAAAGAAAAUUAGUCGGAGUUUGUUCGGAGAAGAGCGGCGGUGUCGUGCGGUUACCGGUUUUUCAAAACGCAUUCGCGCGGUGGAUCGUUUCGUGGUGCAAGGAGACCCACUGCUCUGAGAAACAGUCGCUCGGAGAACCGACCGAGACAAGUUGACUCCACGAGCACAAUAUUCUCCGCGACGAAUUCAUCGAGCAGUUUAAAAUUCGAAAAAGACUCAUUUCCGACGAACGCGUGACAGAUAAACAUUUUUUUACUCGCUUUUUGCAUUCGUCUUACUUUCGUCGGUUUUUAUCACGAGAACCGGUCUCUCGAUUCAUCUGCACUCGACACUGCUGCACUUACUCACCAUUAAACGAAAGUGAAUUUAUUCCCAUUCGAAAAGGGCACCUGCUACGACGAGAAUGAAGAUCACUCUCGUUGGAAUACUCAUCAUCUGCUGUCUCACCUUGAGGGGAGCAGAAUGCAAAUCACGGAAGGCCAAACAAUUUGCACUUCAGAGCAAAGAAACGAACGUCGCUAAUUUCGUGAGACUCGUUGUGAUGAGACUUGUUUUUGGUGUCGCUUCUGCUAUGGGACUUGGAGAAAAUUUGUCCGGUGUUUUGGGAGGAGUGUUCGUGCCCCCGGGCGCUGAAGAUGACUACGAUUAUGGAGCCGAUGAUUACGUUCCCGAUUUAUUUUGAUGGAUUAUUUAAAUGAAUUGUUUAUUCAAUUAUUUCACACGUGAUCGACGAAACAUUUUGCAUUUUGAAGAACGAGGCAUUCGAUUCAUUCUAUUGAGAUCCUCUUGAGUACAGAAUUAUAUUCUCGGAUGCGAAGAGUCAUUUUUUUCAGCAGUGAAUUUAAUUCUGUUACUCGAUUGAACGUAUUCUCAUGUUUUUAGGUUAUUAAUAUCACGUAUUUGUCUAUCUCGAACCGAAAUAUGUAUCUAGAGAUUAUGAUUGGAGUGUAUUAUUUAUAGGGGCGAAUGAUAGGUUAACAAUAAAAAAGAUGUGAAGAUUU